GCCUUUCCCAUUAUAGCGGAGAAUUAUCCUUUAGGUCGAUUCCUAGUACAGUGGGAAUCCGCUCGACAUCCAAAUUCAAAUUAAGCCGUCUAUCGAUGGCUUGCCUCAUACUACAGAACGGGCUGGUCACCAGUCUACUAGGCCCUCCAGCUACACCCCGAUCCCCGCAAACUCCUUGCCUCUUCCCAUAUGAAUACAGCUUUCUCCGCUCGUAAUGACGAGCCUGAUCAUCUCCCCACUGAAACAACGCUGAAAGACCUCUCAAAUGCUAUCACCAGGGAUCAACAAUACCCUGAUCCUGUCGGCGUGUUCGCGGAUAUGUGGAAAUGCACCUUUCAUAUCGAUCGGAUAUCGGUCAAAGUCGCAGUGAAAGCAAUACCAAUGUUCACCCAUUAUUCUGAAGGAGCAAAGACAAAAAUAAUCCAGAGGAUAAAGUGUGAACUCGGGAUACGUGCCGCCCUCAGCCAUGCAAAUAUUGUACCCAUUUAUGGUUAUACGUAUAGCGUCAGCUCACUUCCAGCGAUAGUCACACCUUUCGCAGAAAAUGGUAGCCUGGUGAACUAUCUGGAGCGUGAGGGCGCGGCUCUUACUCUCGUCAGACGAUUCCAGCUGAGACAUCAUAGCUGGUCUGCAAUAUCUUCACGCCAACGGUGCCAUUCAUGGAGACUUCAGUGCGUCCGAUGUGUUCAUCCAUGGUGAUGGCACUGCGCGUAUUGCUGGCUUUGGUUUUUCCUUGAUGUAUUCAGAGGUCAUAAGUGCCUCUAAGGUUUUCUGGACUUCCACACUCCAAGAAAACAUACGAUGGAUGGCUCCUGAGCUAUUAGUAGGGUGGGAUAAUAGAUCUUCAGCUCGUCCGAGCGAGCAGAG